AAGAAACAGAAGUGAGAAGUUGCACCCAGCAGGAAGCAAAGACAGCACUUUAAAGUGAUUGCUUCUGCUUCGAGACAUAACGGAGAGUAACCAGCAUGGAUGUGGAUUAUAUUGAAUAUGAGGAUUACACUCCAGACAAUGAAUCUGACAACAACAACAUCACAACUGAACUACCUUUCGGAAGUUCACAGUCUUCUUUGUCUCAUGUUCUGGUAGCAAUCAAUAUCCUUAUAUCGGUUAUUGGCCUUGUAGGAAAUUCAUUAGUGAUUUGGAUUUGUCUUUGGAAAAUGAAGAGAACCGUCAUCACCACCUGGUACCUCAGUGUGGCCAUUUCAGACUUUUUGUUCUGUGCCUUUUUGCCCCUGGAAGUAUUCUACAUGAUCACCUCACACUGGCCGUUCGGACUGGUGUUGUGCAAGGUCACCUCCUCUGCCCUCUUUCUCAACAUGUACAGCUAUGUGUUUCUGUUGGUUCUGAUCAGUGUUGAUCGCUGUAUCAUGAUUUCUUUUCCCGUGUGGUCACAUAACCACCGGACGGUGCGGAAAGCAUUUGGAGUUGUCGUCCUCAUGUGGGUCCUUUCUGCACUCCUAACGUUGCCCUCGCUGAUCUUCAGACAAACCACGGUCCGCGGCUCAGUCACUCAGUGCCACACCAGUUACAUGGGCCCUUCCAGACACAAGGCGGUGGUCCUGACUCGAUUCAUCUGCGGAUUCCUUAUUCCUUUCCUAGUGAUUGUGUUCUGCAGUUCGGUGCUCUGUGUGAAGCUGAGACGUUUGACCAUGAAGUCAACAAAGCCUUACAAAGUCAUGGUGGCACUCAUCUUGUCAUUUUUCAUCUGCUGGGUCCCCUAUCAUAGCUUUGUUCUUUCGGAGUCAGACUUGAAGAACCACAGCGUGGAAGUACUGAAAACUGGCCUGAAGGUGGGGACCACCCUGGCCGCAGCAAACAGCUUCAUAUCCCCAGUUCUCUAUGUGUUCAUUGGUAAUGACUUUAAACAAAUCCUAAAGAGGUCUUUGACAUCAAGGAUAGAAGAAGCAAUGGCGGAGGAUUUACGGACAGUUGGUCUCAAUCACUCAAAGUCUAAGUCAAUGGAAAUUGGCAAAAAUUAAGUUGAAACCUUUGUCAUUAAUGACAAGGAGUAUUUCACAAUACAGAACAUGAUUAUAGAGCGGGGUGAUGUUGACAAAAUCAUAUGUCAUGGCAUGUUUUACCUGUGUAUACUGUAUAUUCAUGUAUCAAUGACUGUGUUGGUCAGCUAUAGAUCAGCCACAGACUUUAAUCAUACAUUUUUCGUUUGUGUUUGGAUUGUGAGUGUGAAUGAAUUGCUUGUUUAUUGUUAUGUUUGCAAACCAGCUUGCUUUAAAUUGCCUCUUGUAGAACAAGUAAAGCAUACUAUUUUGAAUUAAAUUGAAUUAAUCUUUUACAAUGUAUUAGAAUUUGGUUGUUUAGAGACUGUGAACUAAAACACAGUCACAACAUCACAACACUGGAAUGAACAAAUACCUGUAUUCUUAAUCUUGUAAUUAGUAAUUGAUGCAUAGUUACAUUUUCAAAAGAAAGUAAACUAAUGAAUGAUAUACUUACUUUGUUGUAACUUUAUUCUAUUCUGUAAAUUCUGUCAAUGUAAAACUUUCCUUUGAUUAAAUGUAGCCCUACGAGCCAAUAGGAGGCUACUGUUGUAUUUUAUUGUUCUACUUGUUUUAUUUUAAGCAAAUUGAAUAUAUCAAACAUGUUCUUAUUCAAUUUCUAGAUUAAAAUGGAAAAAAUAUAUGUGAAGGAAGUAGUUCAUUCAUGGUUUAAAACUUUUAAUAAAUACUGA